AUGCGUACCCUGUUGCUUUUGGCCGUGUUCCUGUUGUGCGCUUGCAUCGCCGCCGGCCAGGUGAACUUCACGCCGACAUGGGGCCAGGGAAAGAGGAACGCGCCAUCCGCCGCCUCCGUUCAGGCCGCGGACGAGUGCAAAUCGAUGGACACGCUCAUCUACAUCUACAAACUGGUCCAGGUGAGAAUUUAAAAAAAAAAAUAUUUCGAAAUUCCUAAUUCGUUCGUAUUGUUCGCGUUCGUUUUCGUUAGGAAUUAUUAUGAUAAUGGUCGGAACGGGUUCGAAACGGGCGGAUUAAAAAUAAAUAUUAAUAAUAAGUAUUCAAGAAAAAAAAAAAGAAAAAUAUUUUUAUACGAUUUCGUUCUCCGUUAUUUGCUUUGUGUCGAUGAAUUUCUUUUCGGUAUUAUAAGAGGCGAAUAUCGUUUUCGACGAAACAAGUGGCGGGAUGGAAAAUUUAGAUUGUAAAAAUCGGAAGUACUGGAUUUACCCCGAUUUCAACCACUGGACGAUAAUCGUAUGCGUUUUAACCGACAUAACAGAUUAUACAAUAUCAAAAAUAUUGUACACCUAUUCGUACACCAGAGACGGUCGUCUCUGAUUUUUUUUUUAUCGUUCGAAAAAAAAAGAAAAAAGAAACGUCGUUUGUUUUAAUGCGGGGUGCCAGACCGAUGGUAUAUAGCUGAUAUACCGACGAAGAACCCAAUAUGUCGGGUAAAUUUAAAGGGGACCGUGAAAAUAGGUUCACGAAUCAUAAAAAACGCCGAACGCUUUAUUACGGGCGCAUUGUGUGUACCGACUAGUUUUUUUCGACGUUUGAACGGUUCCGGCAGAAGUAACCGCCGGUCGUUAGUACGCGGCAGGUGUCUGAGAUAUUUUUCGCGAGCGCGUAUUGUUUCAAUGUCCGUCUCGUGUGACUUGUUACGAAUUCAUUGUGGCAUUUUUUCGAAAAAAAAAAAAACAAAAAACAACCUUAUAAUCAAUAAUCGUAUGCAAUUUUUGUUUUAAUGUCUGUCUAAAAAUUACGACAAUUCAAAUUUAUGUAUCACCGAACUGCCAUCGGAAUCGUUUUUCGUCAAUCAAUGGUUUAUCGUUGCUUAUUGAUAUAAAUGAAAUAACCUUAUGUAUCCUAUCUUCCCAACUUCUCAUCUACAACAGUGGCCGCUCCUAUUCCCAGUAUCAGCUUUUUUUUUUUUUAUAAAACUCGUUGUUGCUUCCGCCUUUGUUUUAUAUUUCUGAACCGGGCCAUUCAAACAUGUCGAUACGCAAACGGACAGUUAUCGAAUGUUAACAACGGACGUUUGUAAACGAAACGAAAAACUCGUUUUCCAGCGCCAAUGAUUAUAGUCUCGGAUAAAUAUUUCGCUUUAAUUAUGAACGAAUCUCACGGCGAACAAUAAUAAUAUGAUAAAAUGUACAUUUAUUUAUUUUUAACGAUUCAAUUUCGGAACGCAGAAAUUAUAUAGGCAAUGAUUGGAAACCGGGAGAAAAUCACGAUAUAAAAACGCAUUUUACUUUUUCGCUCUUUGUACGUGUGUAGAAUGUAAAAAAAGGGCUCUGGAUUUGUUUCAUUUUGGGUUUGAUCGGUACGUCGAGGGAAUCAGUUUUUUAUCGAUCUCGUAGUUCACUUUGUUAUAACUGGGGGGGGCGAGAAAAUGUACACGGGGGGGGGCGAGAAAAUGUACACGAAAAUGGUUUCUGUUUUUUAUAUACGUUAUGUUUGAUUUUUUUAUAUACGUUAUGUUUGAUCGAUAUAUUAUGUAUCAGUCACCUUAUUUUUUUUUUUUUUUUAUUUACAGAAUGAAGCCCAGCGGAUCGCAAUGUGCGAACGAAUGUCCACGUCUUGA